ACCUCCCCCAUUCCCAUACGCGCACCGCGGCGCCGAUACAUACGCCCCGCAUCACUGCUCCACCACCACGCGGGACAGCUCACCGAGCGAGCGCGCGCCGCAAGAAUCCAAGAACCCGUCGGCGGCGGCGGCGAUGAGGGCGGCCGGGGCGGCCGUGGCGCUGCUCUUCUUCUUCCUCUUCCUCCUGGCCGCGGCGGCCGAGGCGGGCGCGGCGCUGCCGAGGUUCGCGGAGGCGCCGCAGUACAGGAACGGGGAGGGCUGCCCUGCGGCGACAGCGGCCGGCGUGUGCGACCCGGGGCUGGUGCACAUCGCCAUGACCCUCGACGCGCACUACCUGCGGGGCUCCAUGGCGGCCAUCUACUCGCUGCUCAAGCACGCCUCCUGCCCGGAGUCGCUCUUCUUCCACUUCCUCGCCGCGGCCCCCGGGGACGGCGAGCUGCGCGCCGCGCUGGCGGCCUCCUUCCCGUCCCUGCGGUUCGAGAUCUACCCGUUCCGCGCCGAGGCCGUGGCCGGGCUCAUCUCGGCGUCCGUGCGCGCCGCCCUCGAGGCGCCGCUCAACUACGCGCGGAACCACCUGGCCGACCUGCUCCCGCCCUGCGUGCCCCGGGCCAUCUACCUCGACUCCGACGUCCUCGCCGCCGACGACGUGCGCCGGCUCUGGGAGACCCGCCUCCCCGCCGCGGCCGUCGUCGCCGCGCCCGAGUACUGCCACGCCAACUUCUCCCGCUACUUCACGCCCGCCUUCUGGUCCGACCCGGCGCUCGGCGCGCGCGUCUUCGCGGGCCGCCGCCGCCCGCCCUGCUACUUCAACACCGGCGUCAUGGUCCUCGACCUCCGCCGCUGGAGGGCCGGCAACUACCGCCGCCGCAUCGAGCGCUGGAUGGAGAUCCAGAAGGAGCGGCGCAUCUACGAGCUGGGCUCGCUGCCGCCGUUCCUGCUGGUCUUCGCCGGCGAGGUGGAGGCCGUCGACCUGCGCUGGAACCAGCACGGCCUCGGCGGGGACAACGUGCGCGGCAGCUGCCGCCCGCUCCACGACGGGCCCGUCAGCCUCAUGCAUUGGUCGGGCAAGGGCAAGCCGUGGGACCGCCUGGACGCCGGCAGGCCCUGCCCGCUCGACCACACCUGGAAGUCCUACGACCUCUACGUCGCCGGGGACGGGGGCAGCGCCGCCUCGCCGGCCUCCGGGCCGGCAUUGUCCGCCUGGUAGAGGGAGCGCCCGUAGCUGCACUGACUAGACACAGUGAUUCUUUUGUUGGUUGGGCGUUUCUUGGCAAUGGCAGUGCCGCUGCCGUCGGCUGUACAGGGCGGCGAGGGAGGGUCGCCGGCGAUUGCGGCGCGAGGAGGAGGGAGGAGAGGAGUGGUGGAUAGAGAAAAGAAGAGCUUGUUCUUUUUGGUAGAAAUUCAGAUUGGUUACGUGGUGGGGGAUUUGGAUUCUUUUUGGUCGAGGUGGACGACAUUCUAGGGGCUGGUUGCCAAUUCGCUGGAUUGGUGGCGGUGUACAAUUCGUUGAUAGUGCUAGGAAAGACUGGGAUUUUGGUCUGUUGUUAUUGACGAUUCUUUCAUUCAUAAUAAGCCUAUGUGUUCUUGAUCUGAAA